CCGGCACGCGCAGACGCAUUCCGUUAGCGCCGCGGUUGGAAGGGAAAUAGCGCCCGGCAGGGAACUGGAAAAGCUGGCGGUAAGUUUGAAGUGAGCGCUGGAAAACCGUUACUUGUCCCAGGAGGAAAAUCGCGUUUGAUAGUUCGUAAAUCGGCGGUGGUUAGUGAACGAAAGGGGGGUUAUAAACUCUCUCCCCAUCAUUUUGUGAUAUGUUCUACAACGGAUACAAAAUCAAGUGAAGAAGGACUUUUACCCUUAUAUAUGUCGUAGUGACGCAGCGUGGUUCAUUCAUAAUGUCUGCAAACAUGAUCGUCAUGCAAAAACAAGUGAAGAUCGAGGUUCAGAGCCCAGUGAAGCCCGAAAUUCUGAAGCCCUCGAACGCCGCCAACCUCCAAAACAUCACCAACAAACUCAACCAGGUGGCGACGGGCAAGGCGGGCAUCACCAAAAUAACCAACGCCAGCAAGACCGUGUUGGGAAGAGUGAACGUCAGACUGCAGUCCGUCGCCCCGAGAUCGACGCCCACCAAAUCGUCCUCCCCUUCGUCGCCGCAAGCCACCAGGUCGCCCUUCAAGAUCCUCACGCCCAUCAGACCCUCCACGGCCCUCAGAGUGUCCUCGGCCGCCCCCGCCUCCCCCUCCUCCGCCACGCGAUCUCCAACGACCACCUCAUCCUCUCUGCUCAAAACACCCACUUCUGUGAAAAUGCAGAAGAAGAAUCAGUUACAGCGAAAGCGCCCCGCCUUCAUCCACGAAAAGAAACGCCAGAGAGAGAAAUAGAGUCAAACAGGUGUCCCAAGGGUUCGCCAUCCUGCGCCAGCACGUCCCCCAGGCGGCCCGCAAGAAGAAACUCAGCAAAGUGGAGACCCUUCGCUGCGCCGUGGAAUACAUCCGGAGUCUCCAGCUGCUCCUGGACGACCACCCUCUCCCGGCGCAGCCAGACACGGCCACCAGCGCCGCGGCGGCCGUCCACGCUCACCACCAGCAGCUGCAUCACCAGGUGUUCCUGCAGCCUCACCACCACCAUGCCUUAGAGCCGCAUAUCCUGAAGCUGCCGCUUGCGGAUGAGACCUUCCAGUCUCCCAGCACGCUGAGGUACGACGGAGCAGGAGGCGCCUUCCUGCGGGCUUCCCCGUCCGAGUCCGAGGGCAGUCCCUCGCACAGCCACUCCUUCUUCUCCGACAAAUUUUCUCCGCCCACGUCCUCGCCGCUGCCCUUGGGUGUGGUUCCUGCAGUCGUCAAGACGGAGAGCGUGGAAGGGCGGUGCUACGGGCGUGAGGAGCAGGACCUCUUAGAAGCCCUGGCAUGGUGGCAGCACAAUAUAUAGUGUUCCAUGGUGCGAGGGCGUUCCUACAAAGCGUUAAUCAAAUCGCAGAACGGCUGCGAUUCGUGCGUUAGUCAGUUUCAAUUUUGUACAUAGAGGUUAUUUAUACAUCAGUAUGAGGGUAUGUUGGUUAUCGUAUGAAAGUGAGGUGGACUUUGUACACUAUGAUGCUAAAAAGCAAUUUCAAGAGCUUGACCCGUUUUUGUUCAAUUUACAAGAAAAAAAAAUGAUUCAAAAGUUGCUGGUGAUCUCGAAUGUGUAGCUACAUAUGUAAGUAAGGCUGUGUUCCAGUGUACUUGUGUCCACAUAGACAUCGAGUGUGCGUGAAGGAUUGGGUCCGGGGAGCACGAGGAAUGUCACUGUAUGUUUCCAAAGACCCAAAAAUGCGAAUCUCUGAACUGAUUCAAAUUUGCAUAAUUAAGAAAGGGCGUGGAACAUCGGAAGCCGGAGGGGGUGGGGGGUGGGAGGUCUCGUCAACGGUUUGGCUUCGCUGAUUCAUUGUUGAAAAAGUUGUUGCAAUUGCAUAACAACUGGAAUAGAAAGACUAUCCAUUUCUUGUCCAUUCCCAUCGUCUUUACAAAUGGGUGCAUACUUUGAACUGGAAUAUCUGUGGGCUUUUAUGAAUAUCCAUAUACCACGCACAAUUGUAAAACUUACGUCUUGUAUCUGUGUGACUGCACGUGU